GCAGCAGGAGUCCAGCAGCCGAGCCCGCCCCUCGCGAGAUAUCAGCGCAGCAAUGGCCGAGGGCGCCAAAGCGGAGAAGGUGCAGUGCUUCGGGCGCAAGAAGACGGCCGUGGCGGUGGCGCUGGUGCGCACGGCGAAGGAGGGGUCGAAGGGCGGCCAGAUUCGGAUCAACGGGUGCCCCAUCACCACGGUGAAGCCAGACAUCUUGCGCGUCAAGGUCUACGAGCCGUUGUUGCUCCUCGGGGCCGACAAGUGGAAGAAGGUGGACAUCCGACUCCGCGUGAAGGGCGGCGGCUACACCUCCCAGAUCUACGCGCUCCGACAGGCCAUUGCGAAGGGGAUCGUUGCCUAUUACCAGAAAUACAUCGAUGAAGCCUCCAAGAAGGAGAUCAAGGACGUCCUCAUGGCCUACGACCGGUCGCUGAUCGUGGCGGACCCGCGCCGCUGCGAGCCGAAAAAGUUUGGCGGUCGCUCGGCGCGCUCUCGCUUCCAGAAGUCCUACCGCUGA